AUGGUGUUGCCAGAUGCCGUCGUAGAAGCCGCGAGAACAGGCGAAGUCGCCACAGUGGAGCAAUGGCUAAACGCAGGCGGCGGCGCGAAUGAGCGGUGUGCGACGUCGGGGCGUACCCUUCUACACGUUAUUGCCUCUGAUCGCUUGCGUUCUGAUGAGGUGGAACGUGGGCGCUGCGACAUCGCGCGGCUGCUUUUGGCCCGAGGCGCCGAGGUCGACGCCAUUCGCAUUCAAAUGGCGCCAAACACGCCUCUCUUGUCAGCGUCUCUAUAUCAUCGGAAGGAACUGUGCGAACUGCUCUGUGAGGCCGGCGCGGACCCGAAUUACAAAAGGUUCUGUCAGCCUCACGACCAGGUUCCUGAUUUCCCGCUAUGGUUUGCUGUCAGCGACCCGGAAACUAUUCGCGUGCUCCUCCGUUUUGGCGCUGACCCAUCGCUAAAAUGCGAUUCUGAGUUUGGUGGUGGUGAGUUGGUUACGCCCGAAGAGGAGGCAGUACGUCGAAUAAUGAAUCCAGUCUAUGCCUCCGGCCGGCUAUAUCGCGAAUCAGUACGGCUUCUCCGGGACGCGCGGCUUCUGCGGCCGCGGCUUCGCGGCGUGUUCGCUCUCCGCGCGUUGUGUCACCGCGGUCGCGCGGCGCCUACUGCCGCGACGCCCUCGGCAUUUGCGCGGCUCAUUGGCGGCGGACUUUCUCGGCCGAGGACGCGCGCCGCGGCGAAAACACCCGCAGCACCAGGCCUCCCCGACCCGCUCGCCCACCUCGUCUGCAAGUUCUGGCUGGGCAGCCCCCCGCGCCGGGCGAAUCGUGCAGCGACACCCGCGAGCGAGUAAGAACCGACGCCGUCGCCGCGUAAACCACUAAA